CAUUUUUUUUUUAGAAAAAAAGCAAUAAUAAAAAUAAACUUUUCAUCGGAAAAAUGUUGGAGGGUAUGCUUCUAUAGGAUGGUCUUAUUUAAAUUUAACUUUCAUAUAUUAAAAGCUGGAGAGCAUGUGCAAUUGUGCCUUUCGUUAGAAACAAAAUCAGUCCAAAUACCUAAGAGUUAAAUAGAUAAAGUACUUUCUCCUAGAGAGACAAAAGAAUGGGGGGGGGGGAGGAAAGAGUGUUGUUCCUGUAUCUUCCUGAUCUUUCUUACUCUCUGUGUCUCUCUCUCUCUCUGUUGUAGAGAUGGGAGGAGAGCUGGCUCUUGCGUUCCUGCAGGGAGAAAAAAUAGGUGACAGCACUGUGUAUAAUAUCAUAGAGGAGACGUCCCUGCCCUGCUCCUUUUCCCCACCCUGAUGAAGGAGGUCGUGAGCUUGUGUGCUUUCCCCAAAGGGUCCAGGGCAAAGUUUCCUUGAGGCCUACAACCUGUGGGAACGGGCAGACCUCAGGGAUGAGUCUACAGGAACAUACACGGAAAACCCACGCUGGAGAAGAGGAUGGUCUCUUUGACCCUGCAGCGCUUAAAAAACGAGGGCAAGCUCUUGAACUUUGGCCAAAUGCAAGAGGAGCAAGUCUCUUUCUUCUCCCAUCAGGUGAGGGGAGCGCAACUGAGAGUAUAGAUCAUCCACAGCAAGCCUCUGAACAAGGGGAACUCUGUGCAGCUGAGAGAAUCCCUGAAGGGAAUGUUUCCAAAACUCCAGAAGCUGUUGAAAGUCCCCAAGGACCGAGGAGGCAACAGGAAAACUGUUUGGAGAAGAGCAGAGGUAAAACUUGGCAAAGUGAAAUCAGAGACCACGAGGGAAGCCGUGAAGGUCAGGGGCAAGAGACACUGACUGAAUUGGGGAACAGCUCAGGCAAAAGCCAAGAAGAGAAGAUAUACCAGUGCUUAUACUGUGGGAAAUCCUUCAACGCACACUUCAAACUUGUUAGACAUCACAGAAUCCACACGGGAGAGAAACCAUACAAGUGCUUGGAUUGCGGCAAGAGUUUUGAUCAGAAAGGAAACCUUAUUGCUCACGCGAGGAUCCACACAGGAGAAAAGCCAUAUGUGUGCUCCGAAUGUGGGAAAAGCUUCAGCCACAAAAGCAGUCUUGUUUUGCAUGUGAGAAUCCACACCGGGGAGAAACCCUACAAAUGCCCUGAUUGUGGGAAAUGCUUCAGCCGUUUAGGGUCCCUGAAAGAGCAUGAGAAGACUCACACAGGAGAAAGACCAUACGCCUGCUUAGACUGUGGGAGGAGCUUCAGGAAAAUAUCUGAGCUCACAACCCACCACAGGUUCCAUACGGGAGAGAAGCCGUACAAAUGCUUGGGCUGUGAGAGAUCCUUCAGCACGAGCUCCAAUCUCAUUGCCCAUCAGAGGACCCACACAGGAGAGAAACCUUAUAAAUGCUCAGAUUGCGGGAAAAGGUUCAGCCAGGCUGGGAACCUUAAAGAACACGAGAGAACCCACACUGGAGAGAAGCCAUAUAAAUGCCCAAACUGUGGGAAAAGCUUCAGGCAAAUAUCUUACUUUAUUAAGCACCACCAAACCCACCUUGCAGAUGAGGGGAUGCAUGUGGAAGAGAAACCAUAUAAAUGCUCUGAUUGUGGGAAAGGUUUUGGUGAGAAAGCGAGCCUCGGCAGACACCAGAGAAUCCACACUGGAGAGAAGCCCUUUAAAUGCUCGGACUGUGGGAAAAGCUUCUGCCUGAAAUCAAAUCUUGUUGUCCACUUGAGAAUCCACACCGGUGAGAAGCCAUAUAAAUGCUCUGAGUGUGGGAAGAGCUUCAACCAGACAUCAAGUCUUCAUAAUCACGAGAGAACCCACAAAGGGGAGGAACCAUAUAAAUGUUUAGAGUGUGGGAAAAGCUUCAACAGACCUUCGCAACUUAAGGCACACGAGAGAAUCCACACUGGAGAAAAACCAUACCGGUGUUCACUGUGUGGGAAAGGCUUUAUUUACAACCACCACCUUGUGAGACACCAGAGAAAUCACACAGGAGAGAAACCGUAUAAAUGCCCAGGUUCUGGGAAAGAAUUCAGCCUCAGAUCGACCCUUAUUAAACAUCAAAGAAUCCACAAUUAAAAAAUACGUAAGGCGGGCUUUGAGCCUACUAAACAGUUGAGAAUCCAUUAAGGUGUUGGCCUUGAAAGUGGGCCUGAGGGGUGUCAGGUUGGGGCUGUUCAACCUGUAUGGCAACAUCGCACUCUGGUCAAAGGACUGGACCAGAAAGGCAUUUACUCGGAUGACACUUCUUAUGCUCUGAAUAAAUUGGUCAGAUAGAUAAAGGUGGGCUGGGGCAAGCCUUUAAUUCUGUGGUGCAUGAAGAUAUUUUAAUUAUUUUAAGGUUUUUCGUUUGGCUCUUUGAACAAUAUUCAUCCUUUUGGAUGCACUUGGAUCCUUUUAAAAAAAAGUGUUAUUCAUAUUGUGUAUUAAGUAAACUCGAAAAUUAUUCUAAUGUAUUGAUGGAAAUUGCUGUGGCCUGGCCCUAGGCUAAUGUGUAAAGUCAGUGAAAUGAACUUUGAGCAUAGGAAAUUGCCUUUUACUGAGGCCUUUUCAUUCUCCUUUAUUUAUUCAUCUUCUUACAUUUGUAGACUGCUUUUCCCCCAUAGCCUUUGGCAAGGUGGCAGUUUAGGAUGGGGGUGGGGGGUGGGGGGAGUCCAGUAAGUGGGGAAUAUGAUAAAGGUUUAUAAACUUGUGCAUGAUGUGAAGAAAGUAGUUGGAGAGAAAUUCUUCUCCCUUUGUUGUGAUACUAUUGUGUGCUAUUCAUUCGCCACUGAAAUGAAAGUACAGCAACUUUCCCUCAUGUAUCCCUUGCUACUCUUUCCCUGCUUUCCUGAUCCCCUUUCUUCUCCUCUGUCCUACAUUCUCAGUGUUUAGUUUGUAAGCUCCUCGGGGCACAGAUCUUUACUCCUCCUCCCUGCCCUGCCCGUGACACAUAUGCACAUACCCUGCUUACAUUGCUCUGUAAAGUGCUUUGCAUAGAAGGGGCAGAGCAUCUCUUUUGCACACAGAAGGUCCCAGGUUCAGUCCCUGUGUCAGACGUGAGCCAGCAGUAAAUCACACUUUGCAAGUUGGAGUUAACUCUUUAUUAGCAAAAACACAAUCUGCACAGGAGUGUCAGGCCCAAUGGGCAUAUUAAUUCAUCUCUGGUUGGUCUAGCCUCCAUGAAGUAGUUGCUGAGAUUGAAGGUCCCCACCUCCCCACAGCUGCUGUCAGGAUGCUGUCAGCGGCUCCUGGCCGGUUGCCCAGGAAAGUAUAAAGACAAGGGAAAGUUUCUUAACGUCCUUUUUUAUUUCAAUCCUUACAGAGAGAGGCUAUAGAACCCAGCCUCUGUGAUAAUGGCAUUGUCCCGAGCGAAUCUGCCCCCCCCAGUCUCUCCCACAUUCUCAUUUGUCAUUCUCAUUGUCUCCUCUACAGGUGCCACUAAGUGCCCUCUGCCUUUGAGCUCUUUGCUCUCCUACUUUUAAGGCUCGCCAGGUUCUGGGAGAUGGCGGGUCUGGAAUGCUUUCUAAUGACAUGUUGGCUGGGUGUUGUUCCAGCUAUCCCAUGAUUUCCCCGCUUUCCCCCUCAUCUGCCUCUGAGCUGCUACCUCCCUCAAACCCCCUGUUGUAAAUCUGUACUGUCUUCCUCUUCCUCCUCCCUGGAAGGGUCAGGAUGGGGACGCAGUCUCCACCACUCCUCCUCUGCCCAGUCCCCUGACAGCUGCCUAAGUUCCCUCCUCUCCAGGGUUUUUAUACAAGCAAUAGGAGACUGAGUCUGCACGUUACCAACCUUUUCAUGCCUCUUCUGGUUCUGGGAGACAAGGGGGUUAGGGCAGGAGACCCCCUUGGGGGGGUGAGGCUGUUAAGAUAUUCCGUUCCACCCUAAGAGGAACAGGCUGUUGUGUGUCACAUGUCUGUUUACACUCCAACAGCACAGCUUGCUGUGAACUUCUGUUUUGUGUAUAGAUUUUUGCUUAAGCUGUUUGCUUGGACACGAAGGGGAACAGACAUGUUUUUCCUUUGUCCUGAUGCUGAAUAAAAUGCCUGUAAAUACGCUUUACACAGCCUCUAAUCUGCUCUUCUGUUGCGAAGAGUUCUUAUCUCUGCUGGCUUGCAUGCUCAGCUUCUGAGGGUUUCUGAAGCUUGAGUCGCAGUUACAUGCUGUUCCAAGGACCGGAGUUCUCCCGGCUGCCGGCCGGUGGGCUGGAGCCAGCUGGGGGCCUGCCAAUUGCCCCCGUUCCCUUGGACGCUGUUAAG